GAUUGAUAUCAGGUACUUUGCGAUAGAAUAUUAAGCUAGCUGAUGAGGCAACACGCUAAAGAUGCUUUUCAGCAAGACUAGCUAUCUAGCUAGCUGCCUCGCUCUCGCGUUGCAUUGCAUCAUCAUCUAUCACCGCACAACAUUCUAGUAGCUAGACAAUAUUAUAAUAUGAUACGGUACCCUGAGGAAGCUUAGCCAAGUGGGAGUGGAAUUGUGACUCUUUAAUUCCUCCCCCUCCGCCGAAAACGACGUGACGUCCAUCGCCUCCGCCCCCCGCAGGCCGCAGCGCGAGAGAGCUCCCAAGCCCCCAACUUGCGAGCUCGUAUAAAUGGCGAGCAUGGCCGCCCAGAUUCUAGCUGUCAUACAAGCCGGGAACCAGACCCCACCAGCAGCACUCCAUAUACUGCAUGCAUAGAGAUAGAUAGAUAUAUAUAGAGCUUAAUUACUAUAGUCGUCGUCGUCGAUCGUAACUGCAAUAGCUUUAGUUUUUGCAGUCAUCAGAUAAAUAUAGGGUCCAUAAAUAUAUCCAUCAGCUAGCUGUAACUGCAACUGCAGUCGCAAUAGCUAUAGUUUUCAGUUGAUUAGCUAGCUACUAACUACAACAAGCUAGGCAAAUCGAUCAAACUAAGGCUCGGCAGCGGCAGCGGCAUGGACGCGAUCAGCAGCCUGUUGCUGCAGCAGGGAUGGAGGAAGGGCCCCUGGACGGCGCUGGAGGACAGGCUGCUCACCGAGUACGUGCAGCAGCACGGCGAGGGCUGCUGGAACUCCGUCGCCAAGCUCACAGCUGUUGCUGACGACGAUGCAUGGCACGGCAGGGCUGCGGCGGAGCGGGAAGAGCUGCCGGCUGCGGUGGGUGAACUACCUCCGGCCGGACCUCAAGCGGGGCAAGAUCACCCCCGACGAGGAGACCGUCAUCCUCCACCUGCACGCCAUGCUCGGCAACAGGUGGUCGGCGAUCGCGCGGUGCCUGCCGGGGAGGACGGACAACGAGAUCAAGAACUACUGGCGGACGCACUUCAAGAAGGCCCGGCCGUCGCGGCGCGCCCGGGCGCAGCUGCUGCACCAGUACCAGCUGCAGCAGCAGGAGCAGCGCCGCCAGUACCUGCAGCUCCUGCAGCCGCAGCAGCUGCAGCAGCAGCAGCUGGGGGUGGUGAAACAACAGCAGCUGGAGCAGCAGAGCCCGCCGGAGCCUCAUCACCAGGCCAUGAUGGACAGCCUGCAAAGCACGGCGGCGUGCUACUGCAGCCCGGUGCCGGAGGAAUGCUGCCCGCUCCCGGCCGACGACGACGCGGUGCUGUGGGAUAGCCUGUGGAGGCUGGUGGACGGGGAUGGAUGCGGCGACGGCGACGGCGAUGGCUCCAGCGGAGGCGACUACUAGCCGGCUAGCACGUACGUGUGCGUGUGUAUGCCAGGCUGCCAGCCAGCCAGUGUAAAGAAAUAAAGCGGAAGAGGAGGUUCUCUUCAGGUUUCAGCUGCUGCAAGCCAAGGAUCCUGCUAGUGGUAGUAGAGACAUGCUAAUUUUCCUACGAGAAUAGACGAUCAUGCUUCAUGCUUUUUUCCCCUUUAUCCAUGAACCAUGAGCAAGUGACAUUGUGUAUCGAAGGGCCCUCUGUUUAUGUUAUUAUGGCCUGAUUACAAGGUUGGAAUACCUUCAUGUUCCUUUUGGUUUCAAGAAUCAAGAUCAUGUUUUAGCA